ACCUUAAAUGUGAAGAUGUUUGGAAGUGACUCAAAGAAAUGGUUUAUCAAGAAGAACACAAGACAAAGAAAUAAAGGGAAGAAACCUGCCAACAGAAGGAAGAAGAAGGUUGCCAAGAUUCUGAAGCAGAACAGGGAGAUGAUCCUGAAAGAGCUCGAUGUCAAUAAGGUCCUGCCAUACCUGGUGUAUGAUAAAGUGUUUUCUCUUGGGGAAUACAAAGAGAUACUGAGCCAGGACUCCGGCAAGAAGCAAACAGAACUGUUUCUGGAUCAGCUGUCUCAGAAGGGACCGAACGCUUUUAAAGACUUCUGCUCUGUGCUGGAGGAAGCGUGUCCUCACCUGCUCACCUGUUUUCUCCUGGAUUGUGAAGAUGGCUCAUCUGAAGGAAACACGAAGCAAGGACAAACAAAAGCAUCCCACAGCCAAGCGAAUGUGCCGUCCAAGAGACAAGAGACGGCUUGUUUUCUAUCUAUGUACACAGACCCACUUUUUGACACGAGGAUCUUCCCUAAACACGACAAAGACAAAUACGGCCCUGCAGUUUACUACCCCAAGAUCAACGCAUAUAUCCACACCCCAGAAAACAUUUCUGUGCUGGAUGAGUCGGAGGGAUCUACGCACGGCAAGCCAUCCCUGCGCAGAAUCAAGGGCCGAAUUCAUCGCAGCAAAAGCCUGGACAGCAUCGACCUGCUGGACUCAAACCACCCGGGUUCGGUUUCGGGAUUGCAAUCUCAGGUGGAAGGGAUAACCCUCACUUUCAGAGCGGUGAGACAUCUAUUGUCAUAUCUGAUGUACUGAAGGGAGGACCAGCUGAGGGCUUACUGCAAGAGAAUGACAGAGUGGUGAUGGUCAACGCCGUCUCUAUGGAUAACGUGGAUCACGCGUAUGCUGUGCAGCAGCUUCGCAAGAGUGGGAAGAAUGCAAAAAUAACCAUCAGGAGAAAAAGGAAGGUUCAAGCCUCCCAGGGCCGGCCAGGCGAGCGCGAGACCAUGUCGGAGCACGACGAGGAUGACGACAGCUACGAAGAUGAGAUUUAUGAGUCCCGAAGUGCACGUAGUGGGCCCAGUGCCUACAGCGGAGGCGGGGCCACGGGCCGAAGAAACGGCAGGGGCGACCGGGUGGGCGGGAGGAAGGACCGAGACAGAGAGCGCAGCGGCUCCAGAGAGAGGAGUCUGUCCCCACGCUCGGACCGCCACUCUGUGUCCUCCAACCUCCCUCCACGCCCAGCCAAGGUCACCCUCGUCAAGUCUCGCAAAAAUGAAGCAGAAUAUGGGCUUCGCCUGGCCAGCCACAUCUUCGUAAAGGACAUUUCUCCUGAGAGCCUGGCGGCCCGAGACGGAAACAUACAGGAGGGAGAUGUGGUGCUCAAGAUUAAUGGCACAGUGACGGAGAACCUGUCCCUGAUCGAUGCCAAGAAGCUGAUCGAGAGGUCGAAGGGCAAGCUUAAGAUGGUUGUGCAGAGAGACGAAAGGGCGACUCUGCUCAAUAUCCCAGAUCUAGAUGACAGUAUUCCUUCAGCUAACGCUUCUGAUCGAGAUGAUAUUUCAGAUAUCCACUCCGUGGGGUCUGAUCAUUCCAACCGAUCCCACGACAGGAAAAGGAGCAGUCGUUCACGUUCUCCGGACCGUCGUUCUGAGCCAUCGGACCACUCGAGACACUCACCGCCGCAGAUCAGCAACGGCAGGGCCACAGGGCCGACGACUCAGAGAACCCGGCCAGCCCACAGGAGUCGUGAUGAGGAGAGGAUCUCGAAAGCUGGGCCGCUCCCCCUACCUGCUAAGAUGGUGGAGGAAAUGCCGAAAGAGCAGAGCGCAAGCAGAGAAGAGAAACAGCUCCCCCCUCUGCCAGAGCCCAAGCCUGUGUACGCCCAACCCGGUCAGCCCGACGUAGACCUGCCUGUUAGCCCGGCAGACGCACCUGUGCCCAGCGUCACCCACGAUGACAGCAUUUUGCGGCCGAGCAUGAAGCUGGUGAAGUUUAAGAAGGGCGAGAGCGUCGGGUUGAGGCUCGCUGGUGGGAAUGAUGUUGGGAUAUUUGUAGCUGGUGUAUUGGAGGACAGUCCUGCUGCUAAAGAAGGCUUGGAAGAGGGAGACCAGAUUCUCAGGGUAAACAAUGUGGACUUUGCGAACAUCAUCCGUGAAGAGGCAGUCCUGUUUCUGCUGGACCUGCCCAAAGGAGAGGAGGUCACCAUACUGGCCCAGAAAAAGAAAGAUGUGUACCGGCGAAUCGUCGAGUCCGAUGUGGGAGACUCAUUCUACAUCAGGACCCAUUUCGAGUAUGAGAAGGAGUCACCAUACGGUCUGAGCUUCAAUAAGGGCGAGGUCUUCAGAGUGGUCGAUACCCUUUACAAUGGCAAACUGGGCUCCUGGUUGGCUAUCCGCAUCGGCAAGAACCACCAGGAGGUGGAGAGAGGCAUCAUCCCUAACAAGAACAGAGCCGAGCAGCUGUCGAGCGUACAGUACACUUUACCAAAAACCCCAGGAGGGGAUCGUGCCGAUUUCUGGCGGUUCCGUGGUCUGCGAAGCUCCAAGAGGAACCUGAGAAAGAGCAGAGAGGAUCUUUCUGCUCAGCCUGUCCAAACCAAGUUCCCUGCUUAUGAGAGAGUGGUGCUCAGAGAAGCUGGUUUCCUGAGGCCUGUUGUGAUUUUCGGUCCCAUUGCGGAUGUUGCACGGGAGAAACUGUCCAGAGAAGAGGCCGACCUCUUUGAACUUGCAAAGAGUGAACCCAGAGAUGCUGGCACGGACCAGCGCAGUUCCGGAAUCAUCCGUCUCCAUACCAUUAAACAGAUCAUUGACCGAGACAAACACGCAGUGCUGGACAUCACCCCCAACGCGGUGGAUCGGCUGAACUACGCUCAGUGGUACCCCAUCGUGGUGUUCCUCAAUCCGGACAGCAAGCAGGGCGUAAAGAACAUGAGGACCAGGCUCUGUUCCGAAUCCAGGAAAAGUGCCAGAAAGCUGUACGAGCGUGCUCUCAAGCUAAGGAAAAACAAUCAUCACCUUUUCACCACUACCAUUAAUCUGAACAACAUGAACGACGGCUGGUAUGGUGCCUUGAAAGAGACCAUACAACAGCAGCAGAACCAGUUAGUCUGGGUCUCAGAGGGCAAGGCAGACGGCACUCCUGACGAUGACCUCGACAUCCACGACGACCGCCUCUCCUACCUCUCGGCGCCGGGCAGCGAGUACAGCAUGUACAGCACCGACAGCCGCCACACCUCCGACUACGAAGACACGGACACAGAAGGCGGGGCCUACACCGACCAGGAGCUGGACGAGACCAUGAACGACGAGGUGGGCCUGCCCAGCGAGCCGGCCAUUACACGCUCUUCCGAACCUGUCAGAGAGGACCCUCCGGUCAUCCAGGACCCAGCCGGGUACCCAAGCUACCAGCAUGCCGUAGCCCAACCGGAGCCAGUGAAACGAAUCGACCCAGCUGGCUUUAAAAUGGCAGCACCCCAGCAGCAAACUCAGGCCACUCUGGCCUCACCACCCCCUCCCUCAUCACUGGCAGCAACGUCCCCUACCGUCGAACCCGCCGCGCCACUAGCGGGUACGAACCCAGAGGAGCCGCCUGUCUCCCCUCUGGCCGACUCCCUAAACAGCCCUGCCCCCGUUCCCGACCCCCAGCCCGAACCCGAGCUCGCUCAGCCCCCAACACACGACCCCCACCAGUCGCUUCCACAUGGCCCAGAUCCUAAGAUGUAUAGAAAGGAUCUGUACAGCAUAGACGAGUCGGUCCGUGUGAACCACGGCGUGAAGCCUCCCCCUCCCUCGCAGCCACAACAGCAGCAGCAGCCUUUAGCCCCUCCCACCACGCUACCCUACAGCCACCAGCCUGUCUACCAGGACCAACAGCCAUACCGCCAGUACGACCACCCGCCUUACGGCUACGACGGUGGCGGCUAUGCACAACCAAAGCCUCACAAUUACGACUCGCAUCUGCACUACGACAACCGUGUGCCUCACUACAACGAGCAGUGGCCACCUUACGACCAGCAGCAGACUCCACCCCAACCGCCGCCCGCACCCAGCUACCCUCAGGGCCACCAGCCUCCUCCCUCCGUGGGGUACGAGAUCCGCUCUCCGUACGAGGACGGCCCCACAAGGGAUUACAGCCCACCUCAGUCUAACUACGAAGGGGCGCCCCCUAUGGGUUACGAUAACCGUCCGCGACACCCCAAACCCGCGCCGGUGCGCUACGAAGAGCCGCCACCUCCCCCUCCAGCAUCCUCCUAUGAGGCCCGCUCGCCUUUCCAACCCGACCCGCACGGUUUUCCAGGAAACGCACACCGGUCCCCGGAUCCUCCUAAGCAGUAUUACGGCGAUGCUGGAAUGAGACCGCCGUACAACCCUAUGGGACCUCCGAACCGUGUGUAUAAACCGCCCCAGCACGAACCUUUGAUGAACUCAGAACCUCCUCCUCCACCUCCCAAACCCGAGGUCGUCUUGUCUCCAGGGGAAUCUUCUCACACAGCGGCUUCAAAACUUUUGCCUCCUCCUCCCAGGGAUGAUGAGGAUGAUGAUGAUCCUGCAAUGAAGCCUCAGUCUGUGCUCAACAGGGUCCGAAUGUUCGAGAACAAACGUUCGGUGUCUGUAGACCGAGCCAAGGACACUGGAGAUGUAGCAGGAAUCAGGCCCGCCGAUCUUCCGAAACCUGUGAGCACCCCGGGUCCUGUGCCUAAAGCCAAUUCACUCAGCAAUCUUGAGCAGGACAAACCAUCUUACAGAGCUCCAGAGCCCCAGAAACCUCAGUCGCGUGUAGGGGACGAGGUGGUUCGCACCAAUCAUUAUGACCUGGAUGAAGAUGAAGAGUAUUACAGGAAGCAGCUGUCUGUAUUUGACCGUCGCAGCUUUGACAGCAAGGGCAUGAAUCAGCCCAACCCUGGAAUCAAUCGCUUCCACGAGCCGCCCAAACCGCCUCAGAUAGGAUAUCCUUUUGCCAGAACGGAGUCUGUAGAGAAGAUAAGCCCUGUCGACAAGAGGUACGAACCUUUAGCGCCCGUCAACCCAUCACCUGCUCCGUAUAUCCAACCCACUCCUGUUGCUCCGCCCACUUCCCUGCCUAAACUUAGCAACAUAGAAGUCAAUUCGCUCCCAGAUCCUCACAGUUCUCCCAAAGCCAAACCGGACCUGUCCGCUCUCAGAGCCCCCGCUCGGGACGACCCCAUCCAGACCAACUACCAACCCCCCAAGUCCUCCGUCAACGGCACCGACGUCCCUCCCAAAACGCUGGGCAUCCCGACCAGCUACAACCGCUUCGUCCCCAAGCCGUACACCAGCACCGCCCGGCCCUUUGAGCGCAAGUUCGAAAGCCCAAAAUUCAACCACAACUUGCUUCCCAACGACACUCAGUCCAAGCCCAGCAUCAAUAACAACCUGAAACCUCAGAUCUCACCACAGCCCCUGGACACAGACAGCGGGGUGGACACCUUCACUCGAACAAUGGACAACAGGCCCAAAUAUCAGCACAACAACAUCAGCGCUGUUCCCAAAGCCGUUCCCGUCAGCCCUAGUGCAUUGGAUGAUGACGAUGAAGAUGAAGGUCACACGGUGGUUGCCACGGCGCGGGGUAUCUUUAACUGUAACGGUGGAGUCUUGAGCUCAAUAGAGACGGGAGUCAGCAUCAUUAUUCCUCAAGGUGCCAUCCCGGAUAGUGUGGAACAGGAGAUUUACUUCAAAGUGUGUCGAGACAACAGCAUUCUGCCCCCAUUGGACAAAGAGAAAGGUGAAACACUGCUGAGUCCCCUGGUGAUGUGCGGCCCUCACGGUCUGAAGUUCUUGAAGCCCGUUGAACUCCGUCUACCACACUGUGCGUCUAUGACCCCUGAUGGUUGGUCUUUUGCUCUAAAAUCCUCCGACUCCUCGUCGGGGGAUCCCAAAUGCUGGCAAAACAAGUGUCUACCAGGAGACCCCAAUUACCUUGUGGGUGCUAACUGUGUGUCCGUGCUGAUCGAUCACUUCUGAAGAAAGCAACAGCUGGUCUGUUACCGAAAGUGAACGUUGAGACUGAGGCCGUGAGGAAGAUCGCUUCCCUUCUUCAUCCCUUGAUCUCCACCACUUUAUGAAGUAUUAAUUCUUUCCACUUUUCUUUGGGCUGAAGCGUCGUACCCAAAAAAUAAUGACUCUGGAGGACAAGGGAUUUUGCUUUACUUUUUCACUUUUUUUGCCUUUUUCUUUCCCUUUUGGUGCUUGAAGACUUGCAAAAAAUAACUGAAUAAAUAAAUUAACGAAGAAAUGGAACUGCAUGACCUGUGCCACAGACAGUAUGAAAACGAUCCCAUUUUUGACAUUUGUAGCCUCCUUUCUUCUCCGGAUAAGUACGAGCGGAACUGGAAAAAUCGAUGGAAAAUGUACAAAUUAGCGUGACGUCCUACCCGCAAACAGAAAAGAUGACGUAUGUAGGUUCACGGUCAUGUGUUUUCGUGGAACGCCGUAACGGAUCUCUUCGGAUCUGGGAAUAAAGCAUGUGGGUUUCUAGAACAAUUGUGACAUUUUGAUGUGAAGAAUGUGACUGUUGCACUCAUUUGCUAAAAGACUUCCCUCUCUCCGGCUAAAAACAAAAUGGGCUCUACAUUUUGAAGCGACCUUUUCUAGCGAUGUUUUACUGUAGAUAAACUGUGGUUUUCCGAAACUCCUGCUGUUUAGAGAUCUAUGCAUGUGCUAUGACUCAGGUCCAAACGCCUGCUACUAAGUUGAUACACAAACCUACCCAUCAUACACUGCAAGCAGUGAUGCCUUAUCUGCAUUCUUUUCCUCUUCUUUUGACCCGAAAGACGAGCGAAAGUCGAAUUUCUGUUACAGAGGGAAGUUACAUGAAGGAUACGAAGUUCUCCCGCCAUGAAGUCGCUGAGCUGGGAUAUUUAGCACACACGAAUAAUUAAGUCUGAACAACAGGUCUGCUUUAUUCCACUGCUAUGCAUAUAAAGUUAAAUAUACACUAGGAUAUGUUUAAAUUACAGCUGUAUAUAUAUUGUGCUAGCAUAUGGCCUUGGUUCGCUGUAAAUUACCUUUUGUACAUCUUUGUUAUUUUGUAUAAAAACGUAACAUGGAAAAGUUUCUUAAAAAAAAAAAGAAAACUGUAACAUUGGUUAUGUUUGUAUUCCGGUUACACUUCUGAGCCUUGGAAUUUAACUUAGCAGUACAGAGAAAAUUUAAAUGAAUAAAAAAUUAAAAUGAAA